UGGUAGAAAUAAAAGACAAAACAAAAUAUAUAAACAAUAAAUAAUGGCCAGCGGGUCUAGAACGACUAUAUUGCCGCAGUCUAAGGAAGCAUUACUAAAAUCCUACAAUGCGAGACUCAAAGACGAUGUACGCAGCAUGUUGGAGAAUUUUGAAGAAAUAUUGAAACUGGCACGCAAAGAGAGUCAUAGCCAAAUCUCAAGGACAACGCAAUGUGAACAGGAUGCCCUCGAAAUGCAAGUGAGAGCGGCCAAUAUGGUUCGAGCCGGAGAAUCGUUGAUGAAACUGGUGGCCGAUCUGAAGCAAUAUUUAAUACUCAAUGACUUUCAUUCGGUCAACGAGGCAAUCACAAAUAAUUCUCAACUAUUCCGAGCCACACAAAUCGAAUGCGAUAAAAAGUUGAUGAAACUACGAGAUGAAAUGGCCAUGGAUCUGUAUGAUCUGGAAGAGGAAUAUUAUACUAGUAUCUUUAAGUAGAUAGAAUAUAUGUAUAAGUAUGUGUAUUUAAUUGAGAAACAAAUAUUAAGUUCAUUAAUUUUGAGUGUUCAUCAGA